AAACUUUCAAAGCCUAAACUCAACGUGUCAAAAGAGAAUUUUCGUUAUCAUCUGGAUGUUUGUGAUAAAAAUGUAUUUCUCAUCAAAUACACUAUCUUAACUCUCGUCUCAGUGAUUAAAGACACUUUAAAUCAUCAUUCAUAAUCAUCACAGAUGCAAAGUAACUGAAGAAAAUCUACGUGGAGGGAGCAGAAAGAGAGUGCACAAUGACCACGUAUCGACCAAAGGGAGCUCUUGCGAGGGCUGUGUACGAUAAGGUGCACAAUGAUCAGUAUUUAGAUGGAUAUGAUAUGAAAUUGUGGUAUGAAAUGCCAAAACCACUCCAUAAGAGAUUUCAAACGAAAUUUGUGGACUUCAAAGAGCCUGAUAGUAUCACGAUGGAAUGGCUGGAUAAGGCGAAAUUUAAAUCAUCGAAUCUCUGGGUUCAGGUCUGGCACAUCGUGGCCAGACUGUUUCUGGGUAUUUUUAUGACUCAGACUGAUGUUAAUGGCCUCCUGAAACGUGGCUCGAUGUUCAUCUUGUCGGAGCAACAGUUUAUGGAUCUGUUGAAAGCAGGUGGCUUCAAAAUUGACCAAGUGGGAGAUGCCUUUGAAAUGUUGGAUAUUGGUGCAGGAGAUGGAGAGGUGACUACGCGUCUGGCUCAGGCGGUUUUCCGUCUUGGACCAGAGAAUAUGCCUCUGCGUGUCUUCACGACUGAGACCAGUUGGACGAUGCGUGAACGUCUCCAGAAGAGGCAUUUCACUGUGAUCGAUAAGAUAACUGAUGCGCAGCAGGUAGAUUUAAUUGCCUGCCUCAAUGUUCUUGAUCGCUGUGCAGACCCUCAUCAGAUUCUCAGUGAUAUUCAUACCACAUUAUCUCCAAAUGGAAGGGCCAUUUUCGCCUUGGUUCUCCCUUAUAGUCAUUAUGUGGAGAUGAAUACUUCUCACAUGCCAAUUAAACCUCUUCUACCGCACUGGCCACAUAGUCAGCGUGUGCCUUUCGAGGAGGAGGUCACUGUAUUCUUCGAGCAACUCGAGGAAGCUGGUUUCCGUGUUGAUGCCUGGACCAAGGCACCAUAUUUGUGCGAAGGCGAUUUAAGACAGUCUUUCUACUGGCUCAUUGAUAUUGUUGCUGUUGUUUCAAAGAAAUAAUUCACAGGACACGAGUUAUUCAACUGCCAAUUUACCAAAGUUCUUGACAAAUCAUUUUUUUGUUAAUUAAAAUUGUACUAGGAAAUUUUAGGCAAAAA